AUGCCCACCGACCCAGCAACCAACCAACCCCUCCCUGACUCCGCCAUACAACGCAUCGUCCACCUAACCUCCGCCGUCCGAGUCUACACCAUCCCACCCCUAACAUCAACCCGCGGCUUCAGCGCCUCGUCCUGGACCUCGCCAACCCAGCCCACCGCGCAGGAAAUCUUCACCGCCCGCCUCCGCGUAAUCGAGACCUCCCUCUCCAACACGCUCAAAGCCGACAUCGUGCUCGAAGACCCCAAGUCAGGCGACCUCUUCGCCGCAGCACCUUAUACGAGUCCCGCUGUAGUGCAGCAAGCGAAUGACAGUUCGAGGUUCUUUGCUGUGAGAGUUGUGGGUGAGGGAGGCAUGAAGGCGACGCUGGGGAUUGGGUUCGAGGAGAGAGGGGAGGCGUUGGAUUUUAACAUUGCGUUGGCGGAGAUGAGGAAGGUGCUUGGGUUUGAGAAGGGUGAAGGGAAGGGCGGGAAGGCAGAGGUGGAGGAGGGUAAGGAUUGGAGUCUGAAGGAGGGCGAGAAGAUCCAUAUACAGGUGGGCAAUCGAGGGGCUAGACGAUCGGAAGAGGAUGGCGGGAGUGCGACUGGCAAGGAUGAGAGUGCUGCACUAUUCUCGAUAGCGCCGCCACCUGGGUCUACAGCGAAAGCGCAGAAUGAUGGGCCAUCUGUUGCCCCUCCUCCGGCUGCAAGUGGGAAGACAGCUCAAGAGCUAGGGUUCGACGACGGAGAGUUUGGCGAGUUUCAAUGA